AUACAGGGGGAGAGGAAGCCACACAUUCAUCAUAACUCGUUAAUACAUUAUUACAGUGAAAAUACAGCUGCCUGAGGCAUCAAGAUAGUUUCAACAUUAAGAUUUCUUCUUAGAGUCUAGCAGAAUGACUGCAAAUCCAGAUGUCUUUAAAAAAAUUCAGCGAAAGCCUGGCCUGCAGAUAUGGACCAUCAGUAAAAUGCAAAUGGUCCCUGUCCCAGAGCAAGCAUUUGGGAAUUUCUUUGAGGGUGACUGCUACAUCAUUCUUUAUGUGAGCAGUGGUGCCACACAAUCCACAGACAUCCACUACUGGAUAGGCAGCUGUUCCUCUCAGGAUGAGCAGGGAGCAGCUGCCAUCUAUGUGACUCAGCUGGAUGAAUUUCUAGGUGGCAGUCCAGUUCAGUACCGUGAGGUCCAGGGAAGCGAAUCACCUAAAUUCAAAAGCUACUUCAAGAAUGGCAUCAUUUAUAAAAAAGGUGGUGUGGGAUCGGGAUUCACGCACGUGGACACCAACGUCUAUAACAUUCUGCGCCUGCUCCACGUUAAAGGGACAAAACAUGUGACCGCCAAAGAGGUGGAGGUGUCCUGGAGCAGUUUUAAUCUGGGGGACAUAUUCUUGCUGGACAUGGGAAAAGUAAUAAUACAAUGGAAUGGUCCUCAAAGCAACAGACAAGAAAAAAUGAAGGCUGUUCUGUUGGCUCAGGACAUCAGGGACAGAGAGCGUGGCGGCCGGGCUCAGAUUGGUGUGAUUGAGGGAGGGCAGGAGGAAGCCUCUCCUGAGCUAAUGAAGGUUAUGGUAACCGUUUUGGGUCAGAGGAGUGGCCACCUGAAAGAGGCAAUCCCUGACAACAAAACAGACCAGAACCAGACCUCUAACGUCAAGUUGUACCAUGUGUCUGAUGCCACUGGUCAGCUGGUAGUGCAGGAGGUGGCUGCCAGUCCACUGACGCAGGAUUUGCUGCGCUCCUCGGACUGCUAUAUUUUAGAUCAGGGUGGCAGUUCAUUGAUGGUCUGGAAGGGAAAAGAAGCAUCAAAUGAAGAAAGACGCUCAGCUCUGAGUCGGGCAGUUGGAUUUAUAAAAGCAAAGAACUACCCGCCCAACACUAAGGUGGAGGUUAUGAGUGAGGGAGGGGAGUCGGCCAUGUUUAAACAUCUCUUCAAGUCCUGGAAAGAAGCUGGUCAAACUCAAGGCCUGGGAAAGACCCACACAGUGGGCAAGAUAGCUAAAGUGGAUCAAGUGAAGUAUGAUGUCAUGGAGCUUCACGCUCAGCCUAAGCUGGCUGCUCAGGAGCGAAUGGUGGAUGAUGGCUCAGGGGAAGUUCAGAUUUGGCGGAUUGAGAAUCUUGAACUGAAGGAGGUGAACCCAAAAACGUAUGGACAUUUCUAUGGAGGAGACUGUUACCUAGUGCUGUACACCUACACCAGAGCCAACAAACCUCAGUACAUCCUGUACAUGUGGCAGGGUCGUCAUGCCACACAGGAUGAGGUGACGGCAUGCGCAUAUCAGGCGGUGAAUUUGGAUAACAAAUACAAUGGAGCCCCCACACAGGUCAGAGUGGUCAUGGGAAAAGAGCCCAGACACUUCCUGGCCAUGUUUAAGGGCAGACUCGUUAUCUAUGAGGGUGGCACAGGGAGAGCAGGUGUGGUUAACCCUAACCCUGGUGCCAGACUCUUCCAGGUCAGAGGGGCAAAUGAGAUGAACACCAAGGCAACAGAGGUGCCUGCCCGAGCCUCCUCUUUAAACACCAAUGAUGUCUUUCUGCUCAAAACUGAUCAGAAUUUCUACCUGUGGUAUGGCAAGGGUUGUAAUGGAGAUGAGAGGGAGAUGGGGAAAGCUGUAGCCGAUUUGCUCUCUGAACGUGACAAGCAGAUUGUGAUGGAAGGGCAGGAACCUGCUCACUUCUGGGUGGCUUUAGGAGGGAAAGCUCCAUAUGCCAGUGACAAGAGACUGGAGAAAGACGACCCACUUCACGUUCCCCGUCUGUUUGAAUGCUCCAAUCAGACGGGCCGGUUCCUCAUGACAGAAGUGGCUGAAUUCACACAGGAGGAUCUGGAUGAGGAUGAUGUCAUGUUGCUAGACACCUGGGAGGAGAUUUUCCUAUGGAUUGGCAACUCAGCCAACCAGUACGAGACUCAGGAGGCAAACAGCAGUGCAGUGGACUAUCUUAAAACCCACCCAUCAGGACGGGACCUUGGGACACCGAUCAUCUCUGUUAAACAGGGCUAUGAGCCACCCACAUUCACUGGCUGGUUCAAUGCUUGGGAUCCUCACAAGUGGAGUGGAGGCCUUUCAUAUGAGGAGAUGAAAAGCAGCCUGGGUGAUGUUUCACAAAUCACAGUGAAUCUUAACAACACAGACCUGAAUAAGAAGACAGGAGGAGGUAUGGGGAGCUACAGUGCUCCUGGAGGCCCAGGAAAUAUGAAGUCCCAAAAUCAGCAGACACCCUCCUCCAGCACACAUAUAAACCAGUCUUCUAGCAAAGGAAAGCCUUCUGGGAUGCUGAAUUCUGAGCAGCCAGUUAAAACACCUAGUCAAUUGCCUUCCGGAGUGGAUCCCAACAAACGAGAGGACUUUUUGAAUGACAUUGAAUUUGAGAAUCUCCUUGGCUGCACCCGGACCGAUUUCCAGCGACUGCCUAAGUGGCGUCAGAACGACCUAAAAAAGAAGGCAGGACUAUUUUGAGAAUGGUUUGGUCACACUUUAUAUUAGGUGGCCUUGACUUUUAUGUACUAACAUUCAACACACAAGACUAUGCAUUUACUGUGUAACUACAUGUUGUUCUGCAGAAUACCCACAUUUGCUGCUACUGAGGUUGAGGUAUGGGAAGGUUUAGGAGUAAGGGUAGGGUUAGGAUAAGAGGUUAGAAUUAGGUUUUGGGGUAAGGGUUGGGUUAGGGGUAAAGUUAACAGUGUAACUACAAAAUGUAAUUAAAUGCAAGUACUUUAAAUGUAAUUACAAUGCAACAACAUGUAUGUACACAGUAAGUACAUUGUAUCAAAUGGUUAAGUACAUAGUAGUUAAGGCCACCUAAUAUAAAGUGGGUCCAAUGGUAUUAUUACACUAAGCUGACAGAAUCUGAUCUUCAAACGUGAUUAUUGUACUCUACAAGUUGUGUGGGCUCGAAGACUGUCACUUAUCAGUGAAUCCUGAUUGGCUUAGGCUUUAGAUUUAUUUAUUCAUCAAAAGAAGUUUCUACACACUUUUAAAGCUAACAUUUGACCAAAUUUAUGCCCAAAUAGAAAUGCUUUGUAAAUAUCUUCUUAUUACAAGAUAUACAGUGGGGAGAAAAAGUUUGAGACCACACGUGAAACUUCCUCUAUUUUUCAUUUUUCUAAUUUAAUAAUUUUUUUCAACUUAUAUUACCAGCAUAACCAUUUGAGUGAAAUGUUGAAUUGAAAAAUUAACAUGAAUUUCAGAAUUUCUUAGUAUUUUAGUAUGUUCCCCUUUUUGCUUUUAUGACACAUGCACUUAAGCUGGCAUGGACUCCACAAGUUUGUUCCAAAGAGUAUUUUGCAUCAAUUAAAAUGAGAAAAUCUGACAUAAAGGAUCUAACGUCAGAGAUUUGCUUAUUGGAUCAGUGCAGAAUCUUAAAAAUUCCUAAUGAAAUAUUCCUAAUAAAUUAUUUUUCCCCCUAAUUUUCCUUUGCUUUAAAAUUUCAAAACCCUUUCUGUCAUUCUACCUCACCCCCCCCCCCCCAUAACAUAUCUUACUCCUGUUUUGUAUAUUAAUAAAAUAAAUGUUUUGAAAUUCAGUUCUGAGAUGUUGUAUUCAUACAUUUAAUAAACAAAUCAGUUUGACACAUUAUUUGUAGUUUUCAUUAAAGAUAAUUCUUUUUUUAUUAAAGUGUAAGAACAGGACUUAAUACAAGAGGCAUAAGAAACAGAUGUUAUUAUUGCUUAAUUUUAAAUAGUCAGCAAUAACCGGU